ACAACACAGGAAGAGCAUGAGUUAGGCUGCUGUUGUUUUUACUCUGUAAUCCAGGAGAUUUCAGCUCUCUGACUUCUGCUGCUUAAACUGUGACAGAAUGGACUCACUGUCAUGGCCGGGAGACCUCAGCAGCUUCGCUCUGUCACCUUCCAACCUUGUGCCUUUACUGCUCUUCUUCGUGGUGUUUUAUCUGGUUCAUUUUUACCAGAAGCUGCGGGGCAUCUACAGGAACAUCCCUCCAGGUCCGCAGCCGUGGCCGGUGGUCGGUAACUUCGGCGGCUUGCUCCUCCCUCCCUUCAUCAGGAGAUGGUCCGGACAGACUUCCAACCCGAACAUAGGAGUCAUGGAGGCUCUAACGUCCCAAGCCAACGUCUACGGGAACAUCUACAGCCUGUUUGUAGGCAGUCAGCUGCUCGUUGUUCUGAACGGCUAUGAGGUGGUGAAGGAUGCCCUGUCCAACCAUCCAGACGUCUUCUCAGACAGGCCAGAUGUUCCUGCUAUCUCCAUACUCACCAAGCGCAAAGGAAUAGUGUUUGCACCUUAUGGGCCGGUCUGGAGGAAGCAGCGGAAGUUCUGCCACGCUACCCUCAGAAACUUCGGCCUGGGAAGGUUGAGUUUGGAGCCGUGCAUUCAACAGGGUGUGGCCUCGGUCAAAGCAGAACUGCUGAGACUCAACGAAGAGCGCGGUGGCUCCGGCGUGGACCCCUCAAAGCUGAUCAGCAACGCCGUGUCAAACGUCAUCUGCUCUCUGAUCCUGGGUCAGCGCUUCCAUCACGAGGAUCCCGAGUUCCGCACCAUCCUGGACCUGAUGUCCCGGGGUUUGGAGAUCUGCAUAAACAGCUCUGCAGUCCUCAUCAACAUCUUCCCAUUGCUCUACUAUCUGCCCUUCGGCGUCUUUAAGGAAUUACGGCAGGUGGAAAGAGACAUCACGGUGUUCCUGAAGAAGAUUAUUGGAAACCACGGUGAGACUUUAGAUCCUGACAAUCCCAGGGAUCUCACAGACAUGUACCUGAUGGAGAUGUUGACACAGCAAGCAGCAGGAGAGGAGGGCAGCAGCUUCACAGAGGACUAUCUCUUUUAUAUAAUAGGAGACCUCUUCAUUGCUGGAACUGACACCACUACCAAUUCAGUUCUGUGGGUUCUGCUAUACAUGGUCUUAUACCCUGAUAUCCAAGACCAGGUCCAGGCAGAGAUCGACACAGUUGUGGGCAGACAGCGUCCUCCAUCUUUGACUGACAGAGGACGUUUGCCUUUCACUGAAGCCGCCAUCAUGGAAGUGCAGAGACUUACUGCAGUGGUUCCUCUCAGCAUUCCUCACAUGGCGUCAGAGACCACAGAGUUCAGGGGCUAUACUAUUCCCAAGGGUACGGUUAUUAUGCCCAACCUAUAUUCAGUCCAUCGAGAUCCCAGUGUGUGGGAUGAUCCAAAUGCUUUCAACCCGGCUCGGUUCCUGGAUGAUGAAGGAAAACUGCUGAGGAGAGAGUUCUUCAUACCGUUUGGUAUUGGUCGCCGGGUGUGCAUGGGCGAGCAGCUGGCUAAAAUGGAGUUGUUCCUGACCGUCACCGGUCUGCUGCAGGCCCUCAAAUUCCGGCUCCCAGAUGGGAAACCUGCUCCGUCUCUGCAGGGUCGGUUCGGCCUGACGCUGGCUCCCUGUCCCUUCGCUGUGUGUAUGAGUGCUCGGAGUCAGGAUGGUUUCAGGUAGACCGGCUGCUGGGGCCUUUAAGGACCUGAAAGAAACCUGAAGAUGCUUCUCAGGUCUCCUGAAGAGACUGUGUUUUUAAACCAAAAAGUGGCACUUUGCAACAUUUUAUUAAUUGUUCAUUUCAAGAAUAUUUCUCUGAUUAGUCAAAAUAUAUUUCACAAAAAUAUUUUAGGCUAUUUCACAUGUUAAAAUAAUCGCAUGUUUAAUUACUUUUAUUUGUUUAGCACUUUGAAAAAAGUUUUUUUCAUUUAAAAAAAUUAAUUUUAUUCUGUUGAUAAGGUCAGUGUUUAUUGUCAGGUGAUUCUAUGAAAUACCAGAUGAAAAUUUUAUUGUUUCAUGCCCAGAUUUGCUGCAUAAUUAUCUCUGUAUAUUAAUUAUGGAGAAAAGCUUUUAUUUUCCUCUCUGUAGUGUAAUACCAUGUUGAACUGAAAGUUCGAAAACUAAUAACAGAUUAUUGCCAUAUUUUGUUUAAAGAAAAAGUGUUUCUGGUUCAGCUUUGUGGCAAAUAAUGGAUGCAGCUUUAGGAAUAUUUUAACAGAAAAACCUUCAUCGACUCAAGGUCUAUCGACUAAGGUUUAUUUUUUCAGAACAACAUUAAUGUGAAAUGACAUGACUGAUCUAAAAGUAAUUAAAACAUUAUUGGAAAAUA